UACUGGUCUUCGAUUUUGCUUUCAUGCUGUGUUGCGCGACUGACUGCAGCAAGUAAGCAUACACCGUCUAUUGGCUGACUUGGCGCUGGCGUUUGCUAUAUUUUCUUUGCCGCUCUCCCUCGUUCUCUUUCUGGCCGGUACGUCCCAAAGCGCCUCUUGCAUGGCCGCCGCCAUUCUCGGCUCAGCAGCUAACACCGAUUACGACCAACGACGGCAAUUCAUCUUCUUUCAUCAUGGGCUGGGUCCUGAACGCCGACGAGGCGAUAAACCAUGAGUCUCAAUAUCCGACAAUCAUCAUCAUCUGCUCCAUUCUCUCCGCGUUUUCCAUCGUCAUCGUUUGUACCCGUCUGUAUAUUCGACACACCGCCCGUGGUCUUGCAAGCGAUGACUGGAUGGCUGCUUUAUCCGUGGUGUUCGCGCUCAUCUACUCGAUCCUCUGCAUUGUCCAAACAAGAUACGGCCUGGGACUACCCAUCAAAGACCGGCCCGCAGCCAGUCUGAUUCCGUACACGAGAGUCAACUUUGCAGGACGCCCCAUUUACCAACUCGGAAUCAGUUUCUUCAAGAUUGCACUCCUCAUCAGCUAUCUUCGACUUCUCAAAGGCACCGACCAGAGAACGUAUCGCAAGGUUGUCUUUGCCACCAUGCUGUUGGUUUUUCUAGGGCAUCUUGGCUGCGCUCUCUCCCUCAUCUUCGCUUGCCACCCUGUUGAUAAGUCUUGGAACCCCCUGAAGGCAGGUACUUGCCUGCCAGCUGGACCGUCAUUUACAGCCUACGCGGUUGUCACCAUCGUUUCCGACAUCAUCGUCGCCAUCAUCCCUCUGCCGGUUCUUCUCAAGCUCAAUGUCCAGAUGGGCAAGAAACUCGGUCUCAUUGGCAUCUUCUUGCUCGGUCUCUUCACAACAGUCUGCUCCAUCCUGCGGUAUACACAGAUUAACCGAAUCUCGAACGGCGAUGGCAAUUCGACAAUGCUUGUGCUUUGGGGAACCAUUGAAUUCAAUGUCGGCAACAUGGUUUCGUCGCUGCCAUUCUUGGCACCCGUCUUCAUGAGAAAGGCCAAGGAAUACCGCACGAAGAACUCGUACAACCACGGAUCAUCUCACCAGAACAGUCGAGGAGGUCCCAAGGGCGAGCACAUCAAGCUUAGCGAUGUGAGCAACAGCCACGAUCACGAUAAAGACAAGAGCGUCAUCUUGUCCACGGGCAAAUCUUCGAGCGAGGAAAACAUCCUACAGGGGACGGGCAUCAUGAAGUCCGUCACAUACAGCGUACGGGUGGACGAUGACAGCAACCAGCCCAGACGGCGGAACGACAGUUUCGAGGACAACGUCUAGGUGGACGAUGU